AUGCCGAGCAUCAAUUCUUCACUACCUCUGGUACUCGUAAUCGGCGCUACCGGGUCGACCGGCCGUAGCAUCGUGAAGGGUCUUGUCGACUCGGGCAAUUUCCGCGUCGCCGCCCUGGUGCGCGCCGCCUCGCAGUCCAAGCCCGUCGUGCAGGAGUUCUGCGCGUCCGGUGUCGAGAUCCGCCUCGGGGGCACCGCCGACGGUGAGGCGCAGUUGAGAGACACCCUCGCUGGGGUGACCAUCGUCGUCAGCGCCAUCGCCGCGUGGGUCCUUGGAGACCAGAAGGAGCUCUUCCGCGUUGCGAAGGAGGUCGGCGUCCAGCGCGUCGUGCCCUGCGACUUCGGCACCCCCGGGAAGCAUGGCGUCCGCGCGCUCCACGACGAGAAACUGGCCAUUCACGACUUCAUCGAGGAAUUGGGCAUCGGGCAUACCUACAUCGACGUCGGGUGGUGGAUGCAGAUCGCCCUCCCGCUGCCAACGCGCAGCAAGGUGCCCGACCCCUGGAAGGUCGCGUCGUGGACGCUGCACGGCACGGGCGACAUGAAGAUGCUCCUGACGGACCUGCGGCGCAUCGGCGCCUUCGUCGCGCGCAUCGUCGCGGACCCGCGCACGCUCGGUCGGUCGGUGAUCGCGUGGGAGGUGGAACUGACGGAGCUCGAGAUACAUGAGAUUGGGGAGCGCGCGUCGGGGGAGGCGGACGUGUUGAAGGCGAAGAGGGCCCAUGCGUCCACUGAAGAGAUCGUGUUGGCAGCUAAGGCCGAGACGGAUGCGGCUGAGGACCCGGUCAUUGCGCUGAUGAAGCGGUCGUACAGCCAGUACGUAUACAGCAUGCAGAUCCUCGGCGAGAACUCGCUCGAGUACGCGACGAAGACGCUGGGGUAUCUCGAUGCACGUGCGUUGUAUCCCGAUUUGCCCCAGUACACGCUCGAGGAGUUUGCGAAGGAGUUCUAUAGUUUGGAGGAGCCUGGACAGGAGUACAUUCGGUACGACUGA